AACAGUGCCGCAACAGUGCCGCAACAGUGCCGCAACAGUGCCGCAACAGUGCCGCAACAGUGCCGCAACAGUGCCGCCACCAUAUGCUAGCAACAGUUUCAAGGUUAUAGGUAAAUUUCAUGAUAUAUUACUGAUUUUUUGGCAAGUAUUGAGAGUAAACAUCAUCUUAUCACUAAAAAUCUAUUUUGGAUGCAUUUUCAAUCAUUUUGUAGCUUUUUUUCAUUUGUUGAAAAUAUUGGGAUUUUCACAAAUCUUAUCUUGCAUCUGAUUGGAUACGACAUGUGACAUUCAGGGUGCGCUCCUUUCUUGACCUUGUCACGUACUGUAGUACCAUGCCACCCAAGGGCAAAAAAGGAAAGGGUAGGGGUGGGGGGCUCGCUAACCCCGUCCCUAAUUCUGCAGAGAUAGUCGAAGGUACUUCUGGUGACGUGGCUAGUUCUACCGUCCCACCCAACGGUCAGAAAAGGGGCAGGGGGAGAGGCCGUCGGGCUGCUGUUUCUGCCCCCCCUCCCCCUACAGAGAAAGAGCGACCAAAUGCUGCGACAGAGGUUUCCAGUGGCUCCCGACCCAAGGAGACAGUUGUUAGGAGAGCUCAGUACCCUUGGAAUCCUACCCAAGAAGAUGAACUGGCUGAGUUUUGGCUACAAAAUCCCAUCUUCUACGACAAGACCCAGGAAAAUUACAAAAACAAAGCCAUGAAGGUACAGCUCAUACAGGAGCUGAUUGAGCAACAUCGUGAGGAGUGGGAGAAGGUCCACAGCGCCCUGCCAACAGUUGACCAAGUGACUGCCCAUUUUCGAAACGCAAGGACCAGGUUUGGAAAGUUGUUAAGGCGAAAGUCAGGCGCAGCUGCCCCCAUCCUGUCCCAUAAGGAUCACUUCAUCAUGGAUCGGUACAGGUUUCUUCGCCCACACAUUCAACGUAAAAGGACAACUGCAACACACAUAUUUCCUGGAGUACAGACUACAGGUGAUGCUACGGAUGAGGAAUACGAUGAUGACAACGACGACGACGACGACGAUGCUGGUGAUGAUGAUGAUGAUGAUGACGAGCAGAGCCUGCAGGAAAGUCAGCAUGACCCAGCAGACAAUGAGCAGGGCAUUAUCAGUCAGGAGCAGUCAACCACCAAGCAGAUGCAGUGAAAAAGAAAAAAAAAGCAACCCCCUUCCACAGACAAAAAAGGCAAGGACGAUAUGGAGGUGACAGACACGAUUCUGCAGGAGGCUAAGAAGUUGAUGUCCACUAUCAGGGCUCCACCAAAGAGUGAUCACGAGAAGAGGGUCAGGGACUUCAGCAGGUACCUGGAGACAGAGAUGCUCCGCGUGCCCGAGCAUAGCUGGCAUGACUUUAGCUUCUCCAUGUUGGAGGGGGUCAGAAGGUUCACAAGCAGUCAGGACGUGGCUAAUUCAGGACAAGCAUAUCAGAAGGGGCAUGGUGGUCAGUACAAGCAGCAGCCAGCAUUCUUCACACUACAUCCUGGUACCUUCCAGCCACCUGGUACCUUCCAGCCACCUGGUACCAUCCAGCCACCUGGUACCAUCCAGCCACCUGCUGCCUUCCAGUCACCUGCUGCCUUCCAGUCACCUGCUGCCUUCCAGUCACCUGGAGCCUUCCAGCCACCUAGUACCUUCCAGCCACCUAGUACCUUCCAGCCACCUAGUACCUUCCAACCACUUAGUACCUUCCAACCACCUGGUACCUUCCAGCCACUUGGUACCUUCAAGCCACUUGGUACCUUCAAGCCACCUGCUGCCUUCCAGCAGCAGAGUGGAGAGGAUGGUGGGGUUUACACGCAGCUCACAACGGUCACCAGCUCAGCCUUGGAUCUUGGGUUGAACACCAGUUUGGGUGUUGUGAAGCCCAUUGCAACAGAGAUAGGAGCGACUCAAGCCUCAGCUCUAAUAACCCAAGGUGGUGAACGGGUAGAGGCCAAAGUUCAGCAGGAGCAUUCAGAGUCAGAGUAACUUCGAAGCAUCUUUUUAUUUCAUCAACAUACAUGAGUGCAGAAACUGAUCAGUAAAACGUUGGAAUGAAAAAUGUUGCUUUACUGUGCAACGUUGACAAAGAUAUCACUUUAUUUCAUGUUGGGUGAUAGUUAUAACGUUCUCGUUUGAUUUUGUGUAACCAUCGCUUAUGGCCCGAUGUCGAUAUAACAUUAAAGGCGUCCAGUUCAGUGAAAACGAAGUCGUUGUGUUCCUUCAUUAUAUUUCACAUUCUGAAUCAAAUCUAUCUUAUUACACCAAGCAGCGUAUGCAUGUGGCUUAACUUGUGCCGUGCGAAAGCAAAUUCACUGGUAACAAACUGAAGCAAUAUUUGUACUCCUGAUGGAUUUGUAUAGUUACAUUGUCAUAAGUAGAACAAGAAAAGAAUACGGCUUCC